AAACACAAAAAUGACAAUGAGUAAAAUGAGUAUGAGUAUGGUGAAUUGAUCAUUCUAUUUGUCAGUCAAUAAGAUGUUUAUGUUUGUUAUAACGUUAUACAAUGUUUUUCUCCUAUCAAUCUCUUAAAUACCUCUGUUUUUCUUUUGGACAGAGAACCUAAAUUUAAAACAUUCUAAAGUACUGAGGACCUAUUAAGGUCUACAAAGUCUAAAGGAAUGAUUCGACAACUGCUUAUAAUGUCAGGACUAAGCUCCAGUUGUACUAGGGAUUGUUCUGGAAGAGGAGAGUGUUACAAUGGUACAUGUAUGUGCGAUAUUCGAUUCACUGGCGAACUAUGCGAUGGACCCAACUUACCAUACCAUGCAGGCAUAGGAGGAGUAUUUUUCUUCAUUGGUAUAGUUUGUGCAAUCCAACUAAUAAUGUGCAUUAUUGCGGAAUACACAAAACUCAAGGCCCCUACAUUUCUGAAAGCUUGCAAAAUAACCACACAGAAAGUUAUUUACUUUGUUAUUUGUCUUGCCAGUUUAAUCAGAGGGGCAUAUUUUAUUUUUCCGGAGUCAUUUGAAUAUGGCUGGUCACGGAGCUUGUUAUCCUCCUAUUAUCCACUAUUGAUGUCCAGUGCCUCACUUAUUGUUUGUUUUUGGGCAGAAGUUUUUCAUUUACAAGGGAUUCGUUGGGAAAAACCACAGUUUCUCUCAAAAUCGUUCCUUGGCUUCAUAACUUUCAACAUAAUAAGUUACAGUUUACUAUUUGCGGAAUUCAUAACUACACAACUGGCAGAACCCCCACCAGACGAUCCUAGCUUUUACCAUCACUUAUUUAACGGAUGCUAUGCUGUUCUGAUGUUUAUCAUCGUUGUUUUUUUCCUUAUCUAUGGAGUUGAAGUGUACUUCAAGGUUCGUGGAGGCUUUGUAGCCAAACCUUUCCAGCUUGCGAGUAAUACUUACGAAACAGAACCACUGCAAAAUGAAGCAGACUUAAGACCUCAAAUAAACAUAUCCCAGUUGCACCAGUCUCGCAUCGGCCUGUUGAGCCAGGCGUUGAUGUUGAUCAUCAUCGCCGGCUUUCUUUUCUCCGAAACCCUUUCCGAAUUCUGGAAGGCUAAAGUGCCAAUUAAUUCGCGCAAUCUUCACGAUAUAAUAUUCCGCGUGGUCGAGAUCGGUGUCGCCAUAUGGUUCCCUGCCGUUCUCUGGAACUGCAUGCAGCCUUCUGAAUUGUGGAUUUUGAACCCCCGGAAACUGUUGGCCAAAUUAGAUCAGUCCAAGAGCGUGGAUAGUUCUCCCGGGGAACAGCAAAUUCCUGUCUGCGGUGACAAUGAGGCGUUCUUGGACAAGAGGGAAUGCUGGAUUUGCUACGAUGGAGACAAAACGGAGCCUCUUAUUCAGCCAUGUGACUGCACCGGAGAUGUGUCUAGCGUACAUCAUGAAUGUCUUAGAAGGUGGCUAAUUGAAAGCUCGUCGGCAAGCAGCGAACCCUUGAGAUGCAAGGUUUGCAAAUACGAGUACGACAUCUGCAGGAGUAGCGAAGUGAAAUGGGACAGGGGAUUCACGGCUCAUCACUGGGGAAGUACGGCGGUUAUAGUAACGUGUAUGUGUGUAACAGUGGCUGGGGCAUGGAUCGUGAUCCAGCUGUUCAACAAUUCUUACAUCCGUAUGCUCAGUGCCAGCGUUGCUCUUCUUGUGGUCUACAUAUGUAUUAGGUGUCUGGGGCAAAACACUCUCAGUGCCUAUCAACGUGCCAAGGUGGCCGCAUUGAGUAUUGGCAGCCAUGUGACCACGAUCAGCGGAAACGUUAACUCUCCCUCAACUAGUGACGCUCAGCCCACUCAAACCGCACUAUAAAAAUUAGAAGAGUCGCGAUUAAGAAUAGAAUUUACCUAAAAUAAUGUGAUAAUUCAUGUAUUAAUGUAACUAAUUCCUUUAAGGUAUAUAUCUAGGCUCUAGAGCAUUACUGAAUGUAAUAGAUGUAGGGAAGUGACAAAAAUUUAAUGCUUAUCGAAAACGUACGUUUCCUGCAAGUAGAAAAAUUAAAACAGUUCGGUUCUAGCACUUCUCAAUCUCCUCUGACUCGUCUUUAUUCCAUGUACUAAUAAAUAAGACAUUAAAAGUGUCUAUGAUAAAUGUGGCAGUAAAGAAAUGGCAGAAAGUGCAAUUGAAUUUUUCCCUGUUUAGUUCUCAGUCAUUUAUUUUAUCUGUGUGAUAUGGCAUGUUGAUAUUUGUUCGAUUAUUCUUAGUUGUUAAAAAUGAUGUAUAUAAUGAUAGAUAUAUUUAGGAAGGACAGGUAAGGUAUUUUCAAAAUAGUUAAAAUUAGAUUACGUUAUUUGGUGAUAUCUAUAAAUAUAUGAUACGAUACAAGGUGCUUCACCGAGAAAAUUGUGAAUGUUCGUUUUCGGCAUACAGGGCGAUGUUCGUUUAUUUUUUCAACUCUCAAGGAAAGACACUCCUUUGUUUUAUGUGUUAACAUUUUGAUCUCGUGAUUUUUUUUGCCUUAACUGUUUGGAUGGUAUUAACCAAAAUGUGACGUCAAAGCGUGAUCACUUUUUUAUGUGAUAUGUUGAAUAGCUUUUGGUCAAACCGUAGUAGUACUGUUGCGAGACUCGUAGUUUAACCAGUCGGCAAAUAGCGAAAACUAAAAAAUUGUAAAAAUUAUUACAUCGUAUAUAUUGAAAAGGGAGCAAUUACAGACUUCCUACCUUCAUAUGAACUUUUUUAUCUUAUUUUUGGUCGGUGAAUGUUAGAAUGUCUGAAAAUUCUACUAUUUUGUCUGUGGACAGCACAGCACCUUGUAUUUUUAAGGUUUGCUUUGUUAAUUUUGUUUAUUAUGAACAUAAUCGGAGUAAUGCGGACCUGUAUAAAAAUAAUGAAGGAAUGGUUUGUUUUUUUAAAGCACCACUCAUAAAAACAUGCACAUUUUUAUGUCUACAUUACAACAUAUGUUAAACGCUAACUCACUUACUUUUCAUAAUACUUUAUUGAAAAUGUUAAUUGCAAUGUUUGUUCAUAAAUUGUUAAAAACAAAAUUCGAAGUAAGAAAUAUAAUCAUCUGAAUUAAAUAAAAAAAGAAACGGCCAAAGACGAGUAUAUUCAUUUAGGGAUUAUUACAUUUUCAAAAAUGAAUUAUGAUGAAAACAUAGAUCUGGGAUAUACUAUAGUGGCAAAUAGACUAGAAUUCGUGUAAAAGCACAUACAAUAUACAGGGUGUCUCAUAAUUAGCUGCCAACCCUGAACAGGCCGAUUCUAUGAUCAAAAC